GAGAGUGUGAGAGAGAGAGUGGUUUACUUUUUCCGAAUGCUAGAAAAAAAGUAUAAAAUAGUUAGAACAUUAAAUUUAUCAUUCUCAAAUGAUUUAUAAUCGUAUGUGUUUCAUUAUUAGCUGAAACUUUCUUUAAAUUUUUUACAUAAAACAUUAAUUAACAAAGAGCAAUAUUACUCACACAGCAUUAAAUUCCAAUAUCUUUCACCCCUACAGUAGAAUGCACCCUUCAUGCAGCACGGAUAAUCGAGCUCGAGCAGUUUAUCCGACCGUUUGUCAAUCAGUUUGAAAGUUUAUUCAAGCACGUUUUUCGCAUUUUUAUUUCAAAUUAUUUAUCUGCCUUAGCAUGUUUUUAUCAUUAAAUUUUAACCUAUUAAAAGAUAAUGAAAAAUAAAAAUGAAAUUUGAGAACAAGCAUCAACAGCCAAAAAUGUAUUUAAUUAUCAAAAUGUCCCGAAUAAAUUGCUGUAUUUAUUGCUGAAUUUCCCAAAACAGAACGCAAAAAGAAGGGAAUCAAUCUGAAAUGCAUAGACUAAACAACCAAUUUUGGAUUCCAAUAAAACACCUUAUCAAACGAUAACUUCACAUCUCCUUAUCGCACCAUGCAAUGUAACCAGACGCUCGAAAAUAAAUCUAUAUCCGAAUGUUUGCCCAGUCCCGAAUGAACGCUGAACCGACCAUGUUCAAGUUGCUAGUGCUUUGUGUUUUUAUUGCCGGUGGUGCGUUGGCCAUCGGCGAUGUGUCACAGAAUGCGCAUCCCAAUUCCCGUAUUACCGGUGGCGAACUAACCGAUCCGAGGGCCGUUCCGUUCAUCGUUGGAAUUUUAAUUUCCGGCUCAUCGGCCCAUUCGUUCUGUGCCGGCAUUUUGAUCUCUCCAACGCACGUCCUCACGACCGCUAGUUGUGUAUCGAGUCAACCAACACUGACGGUACUUCUAGGCGCUAGCGAUAUGACACGCAUCGAACAGUUUAUCGGUGUGGCAAACAUACUAAUCCAUCCCAACUACAGCUCGUUGCUGAAUCGGGAUGAUAUAGCCAUUCUGACAAUGGAUCGUCCUACUCCGCUGAAUGAUUACAUUCAGGUAGCUAACCUCCCACGCUGGUCGCAUAUGGGCAAUUCCUUCAACGGAUUCGGAACGACGAUCAGUGGCUGGGGAAAUUCGGGAAAUCGUGACAACGAACCCAUUCCGAUUCCGAACCUUCAUUCUAUCCGGACGCCUGUGAUCAGUAACACUGUGUGUGGAUUGUCCCAUAGCUUCAUUCGUGAUGAUCAUAUCUGCACCUCCGGAGAUAUUGGAGGUCCUUGCAAUGGUGAUGAUGGAGGUCCCGUAACGAUAACGGAAGCCGGUGAAGCGAUCGUGAUCGGAAUGCAUUCGUUCCACUACAGCGGACUGUUUGGUUGUGAUCGUGGCCGUUCUGCAGUGCAUGUGCGUCUUAGCAAUUAUCUUAACUGGAUUGACGGUAACUCGGACGCUGUAAUCAGAUCGUAAACCCAUCAUCGUCCUACCCACAGCGUAAAUAUCGCUCACAACCCUUCGGAAACCCGUCUACGUGGGGGAGGUAUUGCCGUACGUCAUUGCCUAAUCCCCGUACGUAAGCCCCCCGUUAAUCCUUUAUCUUAUCCGAUUUUGGCAAUAAAUUGAACGAAAUGGCAACAAAUGCGUACAAAUUUAUUUUUAU